AUGCAAACAAGAAAGUGGAUUAUGCUGUCCUUCUUGGCGACUUGUUUCUUGGUAGUGAAUGGCAAAUCAUUACGCCGUUCGUCACGAGAUAAAAGGCAAUAUUCAAGCAACCACAUAAUCGAUAAGAAAGAACGAGAUCUGCAACGAGCUUUGCAAAGAAUAGGAUCACCAAAACGACGGCUCCAGGAGUCGGAUCUCCAACUUGAAACCAACACAACAGCUCCUCGAGAAGAAGAAGUGGGAGAAGGAGAGCAAGUCUUCCAAGCUAAUACAAACACCACAGAAACGGUCAAAGGACAAGAAGAAUCCGCGCUUCUGCUUGGCAUGAGUACCAAGGCUGGUGAAGCAAAUUCGUCGUCACCUUUCUCUUUCGGGACAGGGAACGCUAAUGAAGAACAAUCGUCUCCCUUCUCUUUUGGAAUUCCACAAACCGAGAACGAAGAGCAACAAACUGAGACAGAAAAUGCCCCUCUGGUCAAUCUCGAUACUGAGCUAACAACCGAAGAACCGUCAUUGUCUGUCAAUUCAACAGAAUUUCUGAACGAACAGGGAGGAAUGCCGGCUUCUGCAAACCUUGAUAGUCAGCAAUCCGGUCAAGAUGAGUAUAUGAACUUCCAUUUCGGUGCUGGGCAGAUCCACAAAGAAGAGCAUACUUCUCUACCACUGAACGAAGAAGACCCGAGUGGGACUUAUGUUGAUGGAAACUUAGUGGAUCAGUUUGCCAACAUGUUCAACAUGGUGCAUGGAAAUGCUUUGCCGAUAGACGAUCCUUAUCCUCAAUCCCAAUCUGGGGAAGGGAAGGGUUCAAUUUACUAUGACGAGCUUGGAAAAGGUGGCAAGGGCAAGGGAGGAAAGGGACAAGCUAGUAAAGGCAAAGGAGGUGUAGGCAAAGGAGGUGUAGGCAAAGGAGGUGUAGGCAAAGGAGGCGGCAUGGUGUCCCAGGACUCUGGCAAUACGGGGUCAUUCGAUGGCACAAAAGGAGGACCUUCUGGCAAGUACAAAGUAUCCAAGAAAGCCUCCUCGUCGGGAUCAAAAGCCUACCGAAGAGAACACCGACUUACUAUGCCACCCACGGAGACAAACCCUACUCACGGCGGUGGAAGCAGUGAAAAGAGUCGUCGUCGAAACUGA